UGAAGUGCCUGCAGACAUGGUUGCAGAAGAAUCAGGUCCUGGGGCACAGAAUAGUCCAUAUCAACUUCGCAGAAAAACUCUUAUCCCUAAAAGAACCACUUGUCCAGCAAAGAGCAGUAUGGAGGGUGCUUCAACGUCUGCAACUGAAAACUUCGGUCAUAGAGCGAAGCGUGCAAGAAUGUCUGGAAAAUCCCAAGACCUGACUGCAGCACCCGCAGAACAAUACCUUCAGGAAAAGCUGCCAGAUGAAGUUGUACUGAAGAUAUUCUCUUACCUAUUGGAGCAAGACCUCUGCAGAGCAGCUUGUGUGUGCAAGCGCUUUAGUGAACUUGCAAAUGACCCUAUUUUAUGGAAACGAUUAUAUAUGGAAGUGUUUGAGUAUACAAGGCCUAUGAUGCAUCCAGAACCUGGGAAAUUUUAUCAGAUUAACCCUGAAGAGUAUGAACCUCCAAACCCCUGGAAGGAGAGUUUUCAACAACUGUACAAAGGAGCUCACGUUAAACCUGGAUUUGCAGAGCAUUUUUACAGCAAUCCCACAAGGUAUAAAGGCAGAGAAAAUAUGCUGUAUUACGACACCAUUGAGGAUGCAUUAGGAGGUGUCCAGGAAGCUCACUUUGAUGGGCUUAUCUUUGUGCAUUCUGGCAUAUAUACAGAUGAAUGGAUCUACAUAGAGUCCCCAAUAACUAUGAUUGGCGCAGCACCUGGAAAAGUUGCAGACAAAGUAAUCAUUGAGAACACUAGAGACUCCACAUUUGUUUUCAUGGAGGGUUCAGAAGAUGCAUAUGUUGGGUACAUGACUAUCAGGUUCAACCCUGAUGACAAGUCUGCCCAGCACCAUAAUGCACAUCAUUGUUUAGAGAUCACAGUAAACUGCAGCCCAGUCAUUGAUCACUGUAUAAUCCGCAGUACUUGCACAGUCGGUUCUGCGGUUUGUGUGAGUGGCCAGGGGGCAUGUCCGAACAUCAAACACUGUAACAUCAGUGACUGUGAAAAUGUAGGACUGUAUAUCACCGACCAUGCAGAGGGGAUUUAUGAAGACAAUGAAAUCUCCAACAAUGCAUUAGCUGGUAUAUGGGUAAAAAAUCACGGCAACCCCAUCAUUAGGAGAAACCAUAUUCACCACGGCCGGGAUGUUGGCGUGUUCACGUUUGACCAUGGCAUGGGUUACUUCGAAAGCUGCAAUAUCCAUAGGAAUCGAAUAGCAGGUUUUGAGGUGAAAGCUUAUGCCAAUCCCACGGUAGUCAGGUGUGAAAUUCACCACGGCCAGACAGGAGGGAUAUACGUCCAUGAAAAAGGGAGAGGACAGUUCUUGGAAAACAAAAUCUAUGCAAACAAUUUUGCUGGUGUAUGGAUUACCUCAAAUAGUGACCCAACCAUACGGGGAAAUGCAAUUUUUAAUGGAAACCAAGGUGGCGUGUAUAUCUUUGGUGACGGAAGAGGCCUUAUAGAAGAAAAUGACAUUUAUGGCAAUGCUUUAGCAGGAAUACAGAUACGUACAAACAGCUGCCCCAUUGUCAGGCACAAUAAAAUCCACGAUGGUCAACACGGUGGAAUCUAUGUGCAUGAAAAAGGACAGGGCGUAAUUGAAGAAAAUGAGGUCUAUAGUAACACGUUAGCUGGAGUUUGGGUGACAACAGGAAGUACUCCAGUGUUACGGAGGAACAGGAUACACAGUGGAAAGCAGGUCGGUGUAUACUUCUAUGACAAUGGACAUGGAGUACUGGAAGAUAAUGACAUCUAUAAUCAUAUGUAUUCUGGGGUUCAAAUACGGACUGGAAGCAAUCCUAAAAUUAGACGGAACAAAAUCUGGGGAGGUCAGAAUGGUGGAAUCCUCGUUUAUAAUUCUGGGCUCGGCUUCAUUGAAGACAAUGAGAUUUUUGACAAUGCAAUGGCUGGUGUUUGGAUCAAAACAGACAGCAACCCAACGUUAAGGCGAAAUAAAAUCCAUGAUGGGAGAGAUGGAGGGAUCUGCAUAUUUAAUGGAGGCCGAGGGUUGCUUGAAGAGAAUGACAUUUUCAGGAAUGCUCAAGCUGGAGUGCUCAUCAGCACCAACAGUCACCCUGUCUUAAGGAAAAACCGAAUAUUUGAUGGAUUUGCUGCAGGGAUUGAGAUUACAAACCAUGCUACUGCGACCCUUGAAGGCAAUCAGAUAUUCAACAACCGCUUUGGAGGGCUGUUCCUAGCAUCUGGUGUAAAUGUUACUAUGAAAGAUAACAAAAUAAUGAACAAUCAAGAUGCUAUAGAAAAAGCCGUCACUAGAGGCCAGUGUCUAUACAAGAUUUCAAGUUAUACCAGCUACCCAAUGCACGACUUUUACAGAUGUCACACCUGCAACACCACAGACCGCAAUGCCAUCUGCGUGAACUGCAUUAAGAAAUGUCACCAAGGACAUGAUGUAGAGUUUAUUAGGCAUGAUAGGUUCUUCUGUGACUGUGGUGCUGGAACCCUGUCCAAUCCUUGUACAUUAGCUGGAGAGCCCACACAUGACACAGAUACAUUAUAUGACUCUGCUCCACCUAUAGAAUCUAAUACAUUGCAACACAACUGAACUUAUUUACACAAGGGGAAGUCCUGCCAUUAACUGUUUAAAAACUUUUCGUUUGGAAAAAAAAAUUAAAACAAAAAAUUGCCCAAUUUUGGAAGACUGACUGACGUUGAGACAAGCAUACUCCACUUGCCAAAAAGGAAGUAGAAGAGGCAAUAUGUUGACUCAGGAUGUAGAGGAAGAACUGGGCAUUUUGUUUUUCUUUUUAAUUUUAGCAUUAUUCAAAGACUUUUGGAAGGACAGAAGUGAAGAAAUAAUAAGCUACUGUUUUGUAUAGACGCUGCCCUCUGCUGGUGUUCCUGCAGGCAGCAGUAGAGGCAGCUGCCACAUUUGCAGUAGUUCUAUCCUGUAGACAGGCAGCAUUUGUUGUUGUUGUUGCUGCUGAACACACACGGACAUGGGUACCAAUUGCUUUUUGUAACAUGGUAAAAUGUGAGCUAGCACUUCUGCAUUUCUUUUCAUUUUUUUUUUUUAACACGUAUUCUGAAUGAGAUAUUUUAAUGCUUUAAUCUCAUGUAGUUUGUUUUUUUAUUUUUUAAUUUCAAGCACAGUUUAUUGUACUUGAAUGUGUCCUGUUUUGUUAGCCCACCAUAGCAUUGCUGUAAAACUGUACUCAUGUCCCAGUAUCUAUGUUCUUUCUAUGAAAGAGGAAAAAAAAACACUAAUCUUAAUCCAGCAAUUUUUCUGGUAUCCUUUUGGAAAAGUUAGAAUGUUGUCUCCUUUCCUCUCCGUGACCGUCUUCAUUUACAUAAUGCCCCGGACGAGGACCGUUGCGCGAGGAGACGUUGAAGCUGCGAGUGUGUAUGCUUCCAUCACUCCCCUAGGCAAUGGGGCGGGUGUUGACUCUGGUUUAAAGUUUACUGUAGUCUCCUCAGAUUGCGCCUGUUUGUUACUGUUCAUUUUUUGUUUGAACAGCCUGGAACUUGUAUACUGCUGGGAAUGGUCACAUUUCCUGCUCUUUAUGAAGCUGAGACGAGCAUAUAUAGAGUUUCAUAGCUUUUUUUUUUUUAUUUUAUUUUUGUUUCUCCCCCAUUUAUAUGUAUUGGUGACAGUGGGUAAUCAAACAGCCUGAAAGUGUAUGCAUGUACCAUAACAUCUAGACUUAAUAUAUUGUGGAGUAUUCAAUAACCAUUAUGUAGAGGGUAGGUAUGAAAUAAAAGGGGUUUAAUUUCCUAGGAAAGAAAAAAAAAAAAUGGAAAUAUGGUCAUUUUUAAAAAAUAAAGUUUAUUAGAUCAUAA